AUGUAGGAAUUAAUUGAAAUUAGUUUAAAAAAAGUAUUGCCAGGAAUUCUGUUUAAUCAAAUUGCAUUCUACUCAUUAAAGAUAUUGAAGAAUAAUGAGGUGUAUAGUUGAUGUAGCAAUAUUUUCACUCAUAUUGUAGCAGGAUCUAUCUAUACAUAUCAUUUUGAUUAACAUAUUUUAAGAACAAAGUAAAUUAUUAUUAUUUAUUUUGAAUUUAAAUUUGAAUUAUUAGCUUUGUGUUCUAUUAUAGAAUUUUAAGAGGAUUUAGAGAUCCUAGAUAUGAAGUUAUUUUUGACGAAUAUAAGAAAGAGACCUUUAAAAGAGAUGUUGCUGUUUUGGAUAAUAUAUUUUCCAAAGAUUCAUUGUAUUUGUAACUAGUUCUUCUUUGUAUAUCUUAUUUAAGAAUUAAUUAAAUCCUUUAUCUAUGGCAAUUUUUGGAACAUCUACUUAAUGGAUAUAUUUUGAAGGAUUAGCUGGUUAUACAUAUUCCUAUCUAUUAUAGAUCAUCAAUUAUAAUAAAUUAAGGAUCAAAAGAUUAAAGUUCCAAAUUCUAUAUUUUAGGAAGGUUUAUGGAAAAAGAGCAGACAUCCAAAUUUAUUUGUUGACUUAAUGA